AUGGUACCUCUAGCGCCGAUCCUUUUGCCAGGAAAGACACCUAUCCCACACUUCAUUUACGGCACAGCAUGGAAGUGGGAGAAGACUGCGGACAAUGUAUUGGAGGCUCUACAUGCAGGCUUCCGUGCUAUUGACACAGCACCCCAGAGUCAGAAUUACAAUGAGGCUCUGGUAGGCAAAGCACUCAGUACUUGGCUGACAUUGCAUCCUGAGGAGGAUGCGCCGGAGCGGAGAAUCUUCCUCCAAUCUAAGUUCACUGACGCGAGGGGAUACAAGGAUUUUCCCAAACCAUUCGAAGACAAUGAUUCGCCCUUGGUGCAGGUCGAGAAAAGCCUCAAUCAAACCCUUGCUCAUCUGGGCCGCGGAGAUGCGGGUCAGCAGCCACUUGAUGCCCUCUUGCUGCAUUCCCCGCUCGAGACCAUAGACGAGACAAUGGCGUAUUGGGCGGCCAUGGAGGCCCAUGUUCCCAGCCGAGUUUCUUAUCUUGGCAUAUGCAAUGUGUCUUUGCCCACAUUUAGCCAGCUUUACGAACGCGCAACCAUCAAGCCCGUGAUUGUGCAGAAUGACUUCCGCCCCGCUCACGGAUUCGACAUCUCAUUGCUGGAGUAUUGUCGGAAGCGCGAUGUUGUCUACCAAGCUUACGCCGUUUUGAAAGGUAAUAUGACGUUGUUGGAGUCGCCGCUGGUACGUUGGCUGGCACAUGAGAGAGGGAUGAGCGAGCCAGAGGCUCUGUACUGCCUUCUUCUGUCUUGUUGGGAUGGCAGGCUGUGUAUUUUGAAUGGUACUAGAAAGGAAGAAGCGAUGAGGAGAGAUUUCUCUUUGAUUAAGAAUGUUGGAAAACUGGACAAGUACAUCAUUGAUGGGUUUUGGGAAGCCAUGUCUUCAACUGAGUCAAUUGACUGGCCUUCCGAUAAGUCGGUUUGA